AUGACGACUCGGGACUUUCACAACGAGAAGGAUAUUCCUGUCUCCCACCAGGACUUUCCAGGCAAGGAUCAUGACAUGCCUGACCCUCAGCCUGUCCAGGACACACUACCUGAAGCCGGCGGUAAUGUGAGGACCUACAAAGGCUCUGGAAAGCUCCAAGGAAAGAGAGCCAUAAUCACCGGAGGAGACAGUGGCAUUGGUGCUGCUUCGGCUGUAUUGUUCGGUCGGGAGGGAGCCUCUGACAUCGUCAUCGCUUAUCUGCCCGACGAAGAAAAGGACGCGCAAGACACCAAGCAGCAGGUGGAAAAGGAGGGCACAAAAGUCCAUCUCAUCUCCCUCGACCUGUCUAAGCGGGAGAACUGCCAGAAGCUGGUCGAUUUUGCUGUGGAGAAGAUGAAGGGAAUUGAUAUCCUUUUCAACAAUGCAGCCUACCAGAUGAUGGUUGAGGACAUCAAGGAUCUUUCCGAGGACCAGUGGAUUCACACCUUCAACAUCAACAUCCACUCCUUCUUCUACAUCUCCAAGUAUUCCUUGCCUCACAUGAAGGCGGGAGCAACCAUCAUCAACAACGCAUCCAUCAACGCCUACAUCGGCCGGCCUGACCUGCUCGACUACACCUCGACGAAAGGCGCCAUAAUCUCAUUCACACGAGGCCUGAGCAAUCAGUACGUUGGUAGGGGUAUUCGUGUCAACGCUAUUGCCCCAGGGCCAGUCUGGACCCCUCUCAUCCCGGCCACGAUGAACGAAAAGGCCCAAAAGGAGUUUACAAGCCCAAUGGGGCGGCCUGCUCAGCCUUCAGAGAUCGCCACCUGCGUAGUGUUUUUGGCAUCAAGUGAUAGUUCCUGUGUGAGCGGUCAGACGAUUCAUUGUAACGGCGGAAGCGUGGUCGGCGGCUGA